CUUUGACACGUGAUCCUGCUAUAGUCACUUGGGUCCUUCCUUUACUUCUAUAUGAAAAUCUGGAGUAACCUUGACGAUCCUGAGACCUAAUUCAACAACAGGAGCUCUGCAUAUCUACAGGGAACAUUUGACUCCCCCAGUCCACUAUCCAGCUGAUGCUGCAAGCAGCUUUACAGCCAGCGCCUUGAAACUCACGAGGAUUUAUCAUGAGAUCUCGUCCCUUAUAGCAUCAAGUCACUGCAAGAUAUCACAGGCACCAGAAACAUUCAGUACCGCCGUGUAUUUCUUCCCUCCACAGUGUAGCAAGUGACGCUGUGGUGGAGCGUCUGUUUAAAGGGAAAAGUCACGUUUCACAUCUUCAUGCCCAGAUCUCAAUUCCAGCAAAUAGCUUUGCUUGACCAGGGCUGAGGAAGAAGCUUCGAAAGAGCGAAGAACUUAUUUUUGUUUUCAACGAAAGAGGCUUGGGUCAGAUUUUUUUUUUCUUUAAGGCAACUGAAAAAGCUGAUCCAGGAAGCUAACACUUCUUAGUGAAAGCUGCGCAGUGCACAGUUAACAGCUCAGGAAAGUCAACUAAUGCUACACAGAGCCAGCAUUCCAGCAGCAAGGAGUCUCCUGUGGGAGGGAAUCGCGACUGGGAAUUCAGCUAGAUGUCAAAGAGGAAGCUGCUUCUUUUGGUGGACGUGGCUCUUAUUUAGCACUGGGUUUGUGUGCAUCCCUCUUCAGAAAAUCACCUGGAAAUCCACUGUGCCUCCCUUUCUCAGCAAGCGAGGGCUGCUGUACAGAGCAUCUCUGCUUCUCGGUUUGGCUUACAGCACGGGGUUUUGUUAAAGAGGAGAGUCUUUUUUUCCAUUCACAGAAGGCUGCUGGCUUACACUCCCAGGAAAAUUAAGAAGAGCCUGUCCACGCAUCCGAGCCAACCAGUCCAGUUCACUCAGAAGAGCAAGUCCAUAUGGCAUAAGCCCUGGUGGGUUGAGAAAACAACUGCCUGAACAAGAGGUAUAUCUAUAUCUAGAUGCAAAUUUUUUUCCUGAUUACUGUUUCAAGGAUUAAUGAUGUGAAUGUGAUCCAGGGAGCAUUAAAGAAGCAAACUCACUGAGCAUGGAAGUGAACUGAAUUGCUGCCUUUACGUGUGUACAGAAUGUGGCUGGAUUGCAGCCCCUUACACAUGGGAACAUUCCUCUUCCACACCAAAGACUGACCCGUUUACUCGCUUCUGAUCCACCCCUGGAGGAAGACAAUCGAAGCAAGAACAUGUAUAGUGAAUUGUUAAAUUCAACCAGUGCCACGGAAGCUCACCUUAUUCAGACCAACACACCCUACCUGAACAGCACACAGAGACCAGUAAGCUCCUCUGCUUUUUAUAUGUCAACAGCCAGGGUGUUAAAAGAAGGGGAAAUAAAUAAGCCAGAUCUGGUGACCCACGUUGUUCUGUUUUUCUUCCUGCUCUUGACUGUGACCGUAAUUGUGCUCUUUAUUAACUGUCAGUUGAAACAUUCUUUUUUUGCUACUCUGCCUUAUGACAGAUCACUCAGAGAAGCAAGGAGUACAUGGAGGACACAAGCGGUCUAAAACCAGAAAGGGGAAGCCUUGUUUAAUACAGUUUUGCUUUGAUAUUUAGCACUAGCAUGAGCCAGAAAACCCUGUGCAAUAAAAUGCGAUUUCUUUACUCUGUUAGGUGGAUCCAAUCCCCUUUAAAUAAUAUUCUGAGUUUCAGUAUUAAGAGAAACAAUUCCCUGCAGGGAAAAAAAAUUGCUGUAUGUAUAUUAGACUAGAUGUAAAUACAAAAAAAAAGUCCUUUUAUGAAUUAAAAGGGGAAAGCAUUGGUAUGUUUAAUUUAUGUGCAGAGAUACAUCCAAAAGAAAUGCAUGGCAGAUAGUAGAAGCCUCUGUUUAACUCUGUAUGUAUGCAAAUUUCAUCACUGACCCAUUCAGUCAAGGUACAAUGGCAUUUGCUUUGACAAUCAUCUCUAAUUUGUACAUCUGGUGGAGCUGUCGCCUGUUUUGGGGAAAUCAUGGCAUCAAAUGUAGAAAUGUUAUUAUAGUUACUUCAGGGCCACAAUGAGGAAAUCAAUCUAUGUUACAGACCCAUUUAAUUUUAUUGUUACUAGAAACAUGUGGCAACGUAAUAGAAGAUAUUUCUGAUAAAGACCAUAAGCCAAACAUGCUGCUAAUUUUAUUUAGUAACUCUCCUGUGAUUCUGUUCACUGGCAUUCUUGAUGAGCUAGUGCAGUGAUACUCUGACGUCAGUGGUUCAGGUGUCAAAUUAGCAAUCAACUUUACCCAAAAGAUUCACAGUAGGGUGAAUUUGUUGUUUCAUUUGCUAUAGCACUGUUCCUAUUUAAACAGUAUAACAAGGGGAACUAUUUAGUGCAUAUAUUAGAUAUAUACAUUAUUUUCAGUACAAAAUUACUUAGAGGAAGUUCAUAACUUCAUUGGUUAAUAACAUAGUAAAAGCAUCUUGAUCGGUUAAUAAUUAGAUCACACAAUGUUUUACUAUCAUGUGCUGCUAAGAGCUGUAGGAGACACAUUUAAGAGUCACUUGCUGCUCCCAAGCCACACUCUGAGUAUCACUGUUUUUGUGUAACUGGGUCAGAUUUUCAGGUCUCAGUUCUGUUAAAUGGUCCACUUAAGAACUAGAGAACUUGUUUUAAACUUUUUUUGAGGGGGGAGGGGAACCCUUGCAUUAACCAAAGUAUCAAACCAAAAGAACCCAGGAGGGGUGGAAAAAUGCCAAUGUGGAAUGGAAACUAAUUACUAGAGGAUAAUAUUAAUCACUCUUUUUUUUUUGCAUCAAAAAUGGAAUUGAAAAGCAGGAAUCACAAUUUUAUAAGAAUUGUUACUUUAAUGUUAACAAUUAUGUUCAUCCCAUGCUAUUGGCCUGUUGCUGGAAAAGUCAAAAGUAUGGAUGGGACCUAUUUACUCAGCACUGGUGACAAAUUUAAAUCACAGUUAAUUGGCAAAAAGGCUUUGUCACAAAAGCGACAUCAAAAUGUCUGUUGCUAAUUGACUUGAUACUUUACAAAUACAAUAAGGUGAUUUACUACAAAACUGCAUAUUUCUAUUCUGUAAUCCCUGUUUUGCAAAGGAAAAUCUGCACCGUGACUGGUCUGAUUUGCCAUUCUAAUUAAUGGGCAAAGAAUGCCACACAUCUGGUGGUUCACCAAAGUGUAGGCUGUAGGUCCAGGUGUAUGUACAUACAGCCAAAUUCAGCUCUCAGUGACACUGGUACAAUCCAAAUGAAAUAAAAGGGAUUGGUGUCACUAAAAGCAAAAGUUAUGCCCGUGUUUCAGUUUCUUUACCAUACAGAGCACAGUGGGCUGUUGGCUAUAAUACGUAACUUUGUUUAAAUCCAACUGAAAAGAGCUUACAAAUAGAUCACAUCAAUGCAGACUGAGCUGAUACAUACCAACGCAGCCCCACGUAGGUAUAUGUAACCUGUUUGCAAGCUCUAUUAUCGUACAAGAAAUGUUAUCAUUAACCAAUCAAUUAUCCUUUUAUGUUCUCCUAGUAGAUGGCACUUUCCUCAGCGAGAAAAACAAAACUACUAUAUAACUAGGUCUACUUUUUUCUCACAAGUCUGUUUAACACUGGCAUAAUUCCAAGCACUCACUCGAGUACAAAUGCAGUAUAACCGGGAGCAGCAUUUAGCGCAACACAUCUAAAUAUUAGAGUUAGCAGAUGAAAUAAUCAAACUAGGCAAUAAAUGACUUUUGAACAAUGAUAGUUUGUUUUAACAUAGACAGACAACAAGUUUGGUCUAAGACUUUUUAUUGGCGUGACAAUGAAGGCCUUUUAAAGUGUGUUUUGCAUUGUACUCUACUGUAAUUUAUUUGUAUUAAAAUAU